CGUUCCGGUAGCAAGCGCGCGCGUGUCACGUGACGCGCGUCGUGAAAAUGAACGUACGAUGUAUAUGUAUGCACGGGCAUGAUGACGGUUUGGGGUUAGAAGCCAAUUUGUUUUGUACUGGAAAUUCGACUGAUAGGCGAAAGAGACGCCUGACUGAUGAUAUAAGCGCGGCUGUUUCGUUACAGCGAGUGAAACUUAAAUGAGUGAUAUGUUCGAUUGUCGAGAUAAGGAGUGAAUUUUUUAUACGAUUAUUAUGGGGAGAGUGUGUUGCGUUUUGGGAUGCCCAUCGGGUGGCGAUGCCCCGUCUCAUCAGAUCCCGAAGAACCCAGUCCUCUUCCAGAAAUGGAAGGACAUGAUCUACUCCGAGAAGAUUCAGCACAUGACUGACGAGCAGAUAAGCAAGUGCACCGUCUGCUACCGCCACUUUGCCAGUGACGAUUAUCUGAUAACUUAUCGAGUAAGGAAACUGAAACGUGGCAUCGCACCCUCACUAAAUCUGCCGAACAAACCUGCCAGCAGCAGCAGCGAGCCGGAUGUAGUUAAAACAGAACCAGACACUGAAUCCGAGCCAUUGAGCGCAAGUGCGUCCGUAAAGGAGGAGCGUGUAGAAGGUGCGGGGAGUGGAGAAGCCGCAGCUGGCAUUGCGUUGUUCGAGGACGCUCCGGAGACGCUGGAGCUGCGCUUCGAGGAAUCGCCAGACCGCGUCUCGUCGAACGAGCGCGUCGAGCGAAUCGACCUGGCGACGGAGCCAGAAUUCGAGUCACAUUGCAAAAAGGAAAGAGCAUCGAGGAGAAAACGAGCGAGACUGAAGCAGAAGCAGUUGACGCUACUGCGAUGCAAGAAGCAGGCCGAGCGAUACGAGAGAACGCCUACGAUACAGAGGAUACUGUCGCUGUUGACGUCCGACGAAGUGGCGGCUGCCAAGGCGAAAAUACGAAGGUCGAGAUACCUGCCGAAGGUGUAUGUUAAAGUGUACCACGACAUUGCGAAGAGUAAGGCUCUUUCUCAUAAGACCUGAUGAUUCCGAUUCAUCGACUCGUCGAAUAUCGAAGUUUAAAUACGCCGAGAGGAUCAGACGUCGUUGAACAUACUUAAUUAAGUAAGUGCACAUUUUGGCCUAAGUAAAUUUAUUAAUAAAAAGAAGCAAAAUUUGAAUUAUAAAUACGAGUUAUUAAUGUUAUAUGAAGAAAAGAAUUAUUCGUUUUACAAAUACUAAAUAUUGUUAACAUAAAAUAGAUAUAAAAAUUGUUAAUAAAUAAUAUUAAUAAAUAAGAAAUACUAAGUGUUGCUAGAUAUUAACACGGAGACAUAGGAAAACGGAAGCUCAUAAAAGUCAGGGUGAUACUAUUUAGUUUUUAUGAUUUUAGAUGAUUUUGCUGGGGCAUGAAUGAAUGCUUGGAUAAGCAUUCUCAAUUGUAUAAGAAAAGGUAGAGCUUGUUUUAAAUGUCUGGCAAUUCUCUGUGCGAGUGGGAAAGAUCCUAAGUGGGCAGAAAUAUUUGAUGCGAAAUCAGUGUUCGAUACAACGUUAGUUUUACUGUAUUUUUAAAAACAAAUACAUGAAAUAUACAUUUAUAAUUAUAUAUA